AUGGCAUCGAUGCCCGCCGAGGAAAGGAUCGCCCUGAUCAAGGAGAACCUGGCCGAGACGCUCGACUUUGAGAUUAUUGAGAAGAUUAUCAACGAUGGAAAGGACCCCAAGGUCUACUGGGGAACCGCCACAACCGGACGCCCACACUGCGGUUACUUCGUGCCCGCCAUAAAGAAUGCGCAGCUGUUGCGGUCUGGCUGUGAGCUGACCAUCCUGCUCGCCGACAUCCAUGGCUUCCUCGACAACCUGAAAGCACCCAUAGACCUCGUCCAACAGAGGGCGCUCUACUACCAGCGCGUCAUCACGGCAAUGCUCCGAGCGACGUGCGGCGAGGAGGACAUCAAGAGGCUAAAGUUCGUGUUCGGGAGCUCCUACCAGAAGACCCCCGAGUACACCAUGGACCUGUACAAGCUGUGCUCCGUGGUGUCCGAGCACGACGCCAAGAAGGCCGGCGCCGAGGUCGUCAAGCAGACGGCCAACGCGCCGCUCUCCGGUCUGCUCUACCCGAUCCUGCAGGUCCUGGACGAGCAGUACCUGGACGUGGACGUGCAGUUCGGCGGCGUCGACCAGCGCAAGCUCUUCACCGCAGCCAAGGAGUGGCUGCCCAAGCUGGGCUACCGCCAGCGGGCGCACAUCAUGAACCCCAUGGUGCCCGGCCUGCAGGGCGGCAAGAUGUCGGCCAGCGACCCCAAUUCCAAGAUCGACCUGCUCGACGACGAGGCCACGGUCGUCAAGAAGAUCAAGAAGGCAGAGUGCGUGCCCAAGGUGCCCGAGGGUAACGGCGUCCUGGCCUUUGUCGAGCACGUCCUGCUGCCCGCGGCCAAGCUCAAGGGCGAGGCCGGCUUCGUCGUCGACCGGAGCAGGGACGAGCUGCCCGAGCUCGUCUACACCGACAUCGCCGCCAUGCACGACGACUACCGCAAUGACGUGCUCACGCCCCAAAUCCUCAAGCCCGCCGUGUCCAAGGCCCUCAACGCCCUCAUGGCCCCCGUCCGCGACGAGUUCGCCAACAGCCCGGACUUCAAGGAGCUCGUCGAGAGGGCCUACCCGCCCGAGGUCAAGCAUGUCAAGGAGAAGAAGAAGAAGGACCGCGGCGCCAUGUUCCCCGGCCCCAAGGACAAGAACAAGGCCGCCGCCCCCGCCCCCGCGGAGGGCGCCGUCACGUCACAGACCGAAGACCUAGCUAUCCGGAGCGCUGCUGAACAAUGA